GACACGUUACGCGUGUGUCCUUUGUUUGAACCUUAUUUUUUGGACUUUUUUCUCUUCUAAGAGAAUUUUCGUUAUUGUUAACGCCUUUGUAUUCUCAUUUAACGCCACUUCUAUAUACAUUAUACGCUAGAUUCUGGCCAUAUUGACCUUCGUUCGAGGGCAGGAGCCAUUCAAGCAAAGAAGAAGAAGAAGAAGAAGGUGUUGUCAAACCGCAACAAAAGGCCGUGGGUAUAAACAUCAUUGCCGCUAUGCAAGCAGCAGCAGCAGACGCCAACAGAUUCACCGGAACGGCCGGCCCUGUUGGUACUACGAAUGUUAUAGGCGGUCAGGAAGGUGGAACGGCAGCACAACAGGCAGCACCGAGUCCCGCUCAACCUCAGUCGGAAGCGUCGACUGGAGGACAGCCAGGUCCCCAACCAGGUGCUCAAGGCCCAAUGGCUGUACCGUCUCAAGCUGGGACAGCAAGAUCGACACUCGAUCUUGAAAAAUGUAAACUUAUUCAACAGCAAUUGGUGCUAAUUAUACAUGCGCAUAAAUGCCUACGCCGCGAAAGUGUAGCGAAUGGUGAGAUGAGACAGUGUACCAUUUCGGAAUGUAAGAUGAGGAAAAACGUCUUGAAUCACAUGAAGAGUUGUCAAGCUGGCAAGAAUUGCACUGUGCCAGACUGUAGUAUGUCCAGGCAGAUUAUCAAUCAUUGGAAACAUUGUAAUCGAAGUGAUUGUCCAGUUUGUUCGCCGGUAAAACAAGCGUGUAACAACAGAUCUAAUUCUGCGCAAGCUCCUGCAUUUCAACCAAAUAAUCUGCCAAAUCCGAGUCUAUCCGAGAUGAGAAGGGCUUUUGAUGCUUUACAGAUUCAAUGUCCGACGACAACACCGGGACUCUUACCCGGCCAAGUACCGACCACCGGAUCCACGUCCGCCGCGGUGGCGGCCGCUGCCAAUAUACAGCAGUCCAACAACAUGCUGCAAACAUUGUUGGGACUAAACGAGUCCGGACAAAUCGGCGUAAUCGGCGGAGAGAAUAGUUUAGCUAAUUUGCAGCUUCCAGGUGGUCUUCAGUCUGGUCAAGUCACAGCGACACCAAUGCAAGGAACAAAGGAAUGGCAUAUGUUUGUCACUCCAGAUCUCAGGAAUCAUCUCGUUCGUAAACUGGUCCAAGCAAUAUUUCAAACUCCUGAUCCUCAAGCUAUGCUCGAUAAAAGAAUGCACGAUUUAGUCACAUAUGCGAGAAAAGUGGAAGGCGAUAUGUAUGAAAUGGCUAACUCGCGGUCGGAAUAUUACAAUUUGCUGGCCGAGAAAAUCUAUAAUAUUCAGAAAGAACUUGCGGUUUAUUAAGAGACAAACGCGGAUGGGGAGAGGAAUGUUCAACGACGGCGAAGCGAGGUGACGCGGGGUAACUAGAGUUCACGAAAAUCGCCGACAUUGCCUCUCUCAGGCUUCCCUCUGGUUAUACAAGAGUAGCCAUUUUUAUAUGGAUAAAAUAUAUAGGUUAAGUAAAAAAAAGAAAUAUAUAUAACAUCAAUAACGCGUAAUUUUUUAUUUUUAUAUAAAAAUAUUAUAAGAGAAUAGUAAAAUAUACACCUGAUAUUUUUCAUUGUUUUAUCUUUAUAUUGUACGUUUACUAUCACAUUUUAGGCCCUAUCCAGAUAGAUUUGCAGUCGCAUAAAUGCAUAAAGAAAUUGAUUGGUCCAUAAGCAAAUGCAUAAAGAAAUAGACUAACCAAUUUUCUUAUGCAUGUGUUGCGAUUAUGCAAAUCUAUUUGAUAGGCUUUUAUAUCGAGAAACGACAAGUCGAAUUCUGCGGCACCCAGUAUGACAGAUAUUUUGCCCACAUAUAAAUGGCUGCACUUGCAUCACAUUUCAUACGAUAAAUGAAUAAAGAAUUUUGAUGACAAUGGAACAUAAUAACAAUAUAUAUGCAACAAUUAUAACAUUAUCUUGAUUUAUGAACGAGGUAUCUGAUAAUGUUAUCAGUAUCACAAAAUAAAAAAGCACAAAAUACAUAUAAUCUUGACUA